UCAAAGAUGAGGGAAGCAGAUGAUGAUUGGGAAUUUCCAAUGGAUUACUUGUGACUAGAAUGGCGACGGCUCAGUUUCAUCUCAGCGGACGCAAACCUCUCCAGCCAAAGAACACGGCCACCAGCAAUGACAAUGUGGUAGUGAAGCAAAUAAAGUCAAAGCCCAAACAAGAAUUUUGGGUGGACGAUUCCGACAAGGAGAACCAGACACACCAUCCCAUACCUAUGACCAUGUUUGCUACACCCACGAAGAAGAUGGAGGCGGCGUUGGAUUUGGAUUCGUCGUUGGCGGAGGAGCUGAGCGCCAUUAGGAAGAAGAUGGAGCGGCUGAAGUUGGAUAAGGAGAAGACAGAGAAGAUGUUGAAAAAGAGGGAGGCUACGCUGCAUUUGCAAAUGAAGGAGAUGGAAGAAAGAGGGCAGAUUCAGAAACAGCUCGAAAUGGAGGUUGAUAGAUUGUUCAGAUUAAAGGAGCUCAAAUCUUAUUGCAUGGUAAUUACUAAACUAAAGCAACCUGGGAGAGUUUUUAACUUAUUUAUUCUUACAAACUAAACCAGAUUGACUUGUUCAAUUCAUUGUUGGCAUUGAUUUUGAAUUCAGAGGAUAUCUCCAAUAAAAUCACUGAGGGAGAGACAACAGGGUAGCAAGAUGAUUAAUGAAGUGCAGUCCCUGGUAAGUUGUUUUGAGUAAUACAAGUAAAGAGAGUAAAACUGGAACCCAUAAUUUCAUUUCUUUCUGAUUUUUUAUUAUUCAAUCUUUCAGGAAAUAAGGGCUGCAGAUUGGGAGGAGGAAUCUGUGGAUGAAAACACAUUGCAGAGUCCAACCCCAUCAGAUUCUUCUGAGUAGCUGUAUAAUUACGGAGCUUUUGAUUUUCGUUUUGGUUUUUGUGUUUCAUUACUUCUCUUAAUGUUUUGCCAUUUUGAAAUGAAAUAAUAUAAUAUAAUAAUAUCUCAUUAUAGUAACUGAUCUUGUUGGAAAUUCAAAUUCAAAGGUGCUCCUCUCUGUUUUGA